UGAGCAGGGGUGCACCAGCAGUUUGGAACACCUCCGCGAGGGAAAAUAAUGGGGUAUUAAAAAGUCUGGAAAGCUCAAGACAGAAUCCCUUAGCGCUCUUUUUAAGUUUGCCUCUCAUUAUGCGCAAUUGCGCAGCAAGACAGACAUGAAAUGUGAUUCCAGCAGCGUGAUGCUCUGGGUUGAAACUACCCUUCAGUUCUGACCCCGUUCGUGGGAAAUGCGCAUCCAGAUUCUCUCACAUGACCAGAUCGAGCAACUGGUCAGCUAGUUAACGGGUCCGGAAAGACAGAGCGAUUUGCUGGAGACAUUUAUAUCUUGGAGACGGUAAGCAUGGUUGGGGACUCCUGGCCGUCGUGACUUGUGGCAGUUUGCAUGAAGAUUGCGGAUGCGCUCUUUCCAAGUGUGGAUAUUCAGGCGGAGGCACCAUGGACGCAGCGGACGUAGUUGCUUCUCUGCUGAUUUUGGGGAUUAUCGUCGUGUCGCUGCUCUCCAACGUCGUAGUGCUGAUCUGUUUUCUGUACAACCCGGAGAUCCGCAAGCAGGUGCCCGCUCUCUUCAUCCUCAACUUGUCGCUCUGCAACCUGUUGCAGAGCGUGUCCAACAUGCCUCUAACUUUGGUCGGGCUCGUCACUUCGGGGCACCCCGGAGGCAGCGGCUUCUGCCAGAUCGUGGGUUUCCUCGACACUUUCCUCACCACGAACUCAAUGCUCAGCAUGGCAGCGCUCAGCAUCGAUAGGUGGGUGGCGGUGGUGUUCCCGCUGAGCUAUCACUCGCGCAUACGCCACCGGGAUGCGGUACUGGCGCUGGCGUACACCUGGAUACACUCGAUGUGCUUCUCCGCGGUGGCCACCUGCCGCUCCUGGCUCGGGUACAACCACCUUUACGCGUCUUGCACCCUCUGCAGCGUCCGGGCAAAGGCGGCUGGGAAGCAGUACAUUGUUUUCACCGUGGCUUUGCAUUGUCUCACAUUCCUCCUCACACUGAUCGUGAUGUGCGCAACCUAUCUGAAAGUGCUAAAAGUUGCAAGGUCGCACUGCAAGCGCAUCGACGUGAUCACGAUGCAGACGUUGGUGCUGCUGGUGGAUAUUCACCCCAGUGUUCGCCAGAAAUGCCUGGAGGAGCAGAAGCGCAGGAGGCAGAGGGCCACCAAGAAGAUCAGCACAUUUAUCGGCACAUUUGUGGUCUGUUUCACACCUUACGUCAUUACAAGAAUUGUAGAGCUCUUCUCCCCAGGGCCCAUCAACCCUCACUGGGGUGUCUUCUCCAAAUGCCUGGCCUACAGCAAGGCAGCCAGCGACCCGUUUGUCUACUCACUGCUGCGCUACCAGUACAGGAAGACCUGCAGCCUGCUGGCCAAUAAAGCUCUCAAGAGGAGUUCCCUGAACUCAUCCUCCUUCAGGUUAGAAAGCAAAGCUAGGACUACUGCAGCCAAUUCCAACGCAACGGUCAGUAUCCAACCACCAACUAACAAACCACUCAGCCAAUGAAGGCAGUCACAUGUACAGAUGUAUAUCAAACUCAAGACGGCCGAUUGACCUCUUUGUAGCAUCAGAGCUCAAAACGCGUGCCUCUCAGUUGUUCGCCGGGGAACAAGGCUGGUAAUACUCUAUAUCUAUUUUUAUAGACAAAAUAGGUUCAUGAAAACAUCUGAGGCAAACAUGUGUCUCUUUAUAAUGCCUGACUCACUUAGCUGCACAUUUGUUCCUGCACAGGGCAUCAUUUUUUCAAAAAUAGGUCACAAAAAUAAAACAACCUAUUUUUAUUAUAGUCACAGUUGUCUUUCUUAUUGGCUGACGGUUAGAAAACCUUGCAAGGUUUUACAUAGAUGUAUAUACACAGAUGCCCACACACGUACACCUUGCAACCUCCGAUCUAUGGGCAAAAACGCUUCGUCGUGUCAAUUUUAUUUUCACAAUCUCAAGAGCGCCGUCUGUAGAAUACAAUACUACAUUCGCUCAAUGUAAUGCCAUGAGGAAGUUCUUUUGUCCAUGUCUUGGUCACAGUGUGGAAUGUGUGCAUGUGGUGCAUAUGUAUAUGCAUGUAUAUGUAAAAACAUGCAUACAAAUUUCUAAUGUUUCAAUGCUGUCUGCAAUUUUAGCUCUGAAAACCAGUGUAGCUCUUUAACUUAUGCAUAGAUUAUAUGGCAUUACUGUCCCAAUAACUUUGUAGCCUCAUGUUUAAUUUGCUCCAAGUGAAAAUAGCAUAAAGAAAGCAACACUUUCGCUGAAGGACAGGGUGCCUUUUAUGGUAAGUACAGGGUAUACGUCCCCCAUUGCUCUAAUAUCGGAGAGAUGAACUCUGCAGGAGUAUUUUCUUGUACCAUAGUGGCUCUUAUGUACUUAUGCAGUCUGAAAAUACACUGAUUAGUCCAGUACUUGUAUAACUCUGUCAAAUUAAUUUUUAACCUCAGUAACGAUUUAUUAUUA